CACAAUUCUUUUAUUGAUAAAGUUCAGAAUAUAUUGAGUACUUUUUUUUUUUUUUGCAAUGAGAUCUGCUAACGAGACAAGUGGAUUUCUUAUUUCGGGAGGGAAUAACAUCUCGUCAUUGGGAUUCAAAGAUAGUGUUCCAUACCAUCAGACUGACUGCAAUGUUUGUAUGUACAAAUAAUUCUUAGCUCAUGGCUGUACAAAAACAGGGAGCUCAGUUACAGUUUGGUGAUCGCUGUGGUACUCCUGUGACUAGGGGUAGAGCCCAGAAAUCCACAUUUUACAUGCCUCUCACAUGAUUCUGGUAAUGGGCCAUGGAUCCAACGGACUAUCCAAUCCUCGGAGUCUCUGUCCACUGUCCACCAAAGGGGACUGUGGUUUUGCAGUGCGAGAACCCGGCUGUGCCACCUACCAGUUGCUCAACCUCUCCAAAAAUCAGAUGAUUCAUCCUCACAACAGGGAUGGCAUUGCACUGCUUGGCCUACCCUUAAAGAGUUGCUGGGAUGAUUAAGUGAGAUGAUCCAUGAGGUGUUAUGAGUAUACUAUGUCCCAGAUACUAACGACAUGCCAAUUAUGUUGAGUUUUUUUUGGCUGCAGAUGCAGACUGCCUGAGCAGCUCCUGCUUGUCUUCUCCUUACUCAAAACGUGUCCCCCAGCACCUUAAAGGCCAGAUCCACUUCAAUCUAACCCACUGUGAUGUGCUAAAGUAAACUCAAUGCAUGGCUUCAUAAAAUGAUAAUCCAGAGCCCCUGGUCCUGAACCUCCUGGCCCUCUAACAUCUUCAACUAGGAUGCUAUCCACUCUUCAUUUCAGCAUCUUCAAUAAUAGAAAACUCAUUCUCUUUCUAAGGUGGCACCACUCCAAAGCUGGAGAAGUAAAAGCUCUUCCUUACGGUAUCUUAAGAAAAAAGGGUGUUUCAAAGGAGUGUGUAGAGGUUGAGUAUGCAGACUGGCUGAGUUUGAGUCCUGGUUCUGCCACUCCCUGGUCACAUGACAACCCCUGUAUGCCUCAAUUUCCAUAUGCACAAUAAUGAUGAUAAUAAUACUUACCUCACAGUGCUGUUGUGGGGACUAAAUUAGUUGAUACAUGUAAUCCACUUAAGAAAUGUGCCAGACACAGCGUGGCUGCUAUGUAAGCAUUAGCUAAUAUUGUUAUUAUCCUAAACCAUGGAGGAGCUCAAAGUAAUGCCUGGAAGCACCCUGAUAUGUCUCGGAGACUAACACUGUCAUAUAGACAGCAUAUACUGAGAGUCAUAUCAAACCAGUUUUGUCAUCAUUUACUGAUUAAAUGGAAUUAUUUCAUUUUACAGGUGAAAAAACCAAGUUUCAAAAAGGUGGGUUAAGCUCACCAGUCCAAGGUCACAAGGGCAGGUAAACGUAUCCUACCUCCUUGUGGCAGGGGGAAUUCAAACCCAGGUCUGUGUAAUUCCUAAGCCCAUCUUCAUCAUGGAGCCCCCCAGACUCCAAACUAUCAGCAGCAGAACUCAACUGACUAUGACCAUACGGGAACUUCAGGCUCAAUUUUCUGCCUGUGAGUUCCUGGUUGGCUUGCAUAAACUGGAGUUAAUACCAUGCUACUUGAACCCAAUUAGGCAGUAAGUCAGCCUGGAAAACAUCAUGCGACGUAUUCCAAAGGUCAAAGUAAAAGCUGGCUUCCAAGGCAGUCUCUGCUGGACACUGCCAUGAAAGUUAGUCUCUGCACAGAUACCAGAGUUCAGCUCGUGAGGUGCUUAACCAGCACCUAAAUACCGGCUUUUAAAAAUUCUCAGAGACGCCAGCACCGGAGGACCCGACACGACGAACUGCCUGGCUCCUAAGUCAACAGCCGGAGAAAGGCGGUUUACUUUUUUCAAAAGCAAACCUUCAUCCCUCUCUUUCGGUUUAGGACCUCAUUACUAUUGUAGCUGUCUUCCCCCAGGCAAAAAUAAAAGGGCGAAGGAGCAGGUUAAGACCGAGGAGGGUUCCCCUAGCCUGCAGGGCGCUGCAACAUCCACCUGAAACACGGAGCUCGACCUACCUUCCCGGAGAGCCCAGCCCGGGAGGGCGUUUCCCCAACGGAUCGACAACUCUUCCCUCCCGGGGAAGAGGCUGCUGUCCUUGGCUUCAGUCAGGGCCACUACAGUCGCGUGCGCGACACCCUUCACCCCCGCCAAAAGAACCUCAUGUUUAAUGUUCCCCUUACUCUAUCACUUCCGCCGAAAGAGCAAACACCAGAGCGAACGGUUAGUCCUUAAGGCCACAUUUAACUACGUCUGAACGCCUGCAGGAGGAACAGCGAAACCCCGGAGAGGAGGGCGUGGGAGGCAGGGAGCGCGUGGGGGGGCACUUGCACAGAGGAUCGUCGUCCUCCCGGCGCCGCGGCCGCCGUGACGCUCCAGCACAGCCUCAGGCCGCUGGCGCCGGGCGGAAACCCCCAUCGGGGCUCAGAGCACAACUGGGGGUCCCCAAUGCCGGCUCCCCCUGCCGCCUCCGCGCGGGAGGCCGUCGGGGCGAUGGCGCAAGACUCCGCUCCCCCCGCCCCCCACAGCGACAACAGCCACGGUGACAAAAUGGCAGCCCGGCGCCCGGCAGUCGUGCCACAGGCGCGCAGGGCCCUGGCGGCGGCUCCUGCCCCCCAGUAACGCCUGGGCGCCCUUCGGGCUCAGCCCCUGGCGGGCCUAGCCGUUAAAAUAAAUAAACAAACAAAAACAAAUAAUAAAAAUAAAACCUGGAGCUCGAAACCAGCCCGGGAAGCCACAAGGCCGGCCCCGCGCGUACUGCACCCCCACCGCCCGCCUGCCCGCGCCCCGCGCCGCAUGGAGCCCGGAGCCCGCAUUCCGAGCCCCGCGCCCCGCGCCGGGGAGGAGGGGCGGGGCGUGCGGCGCGAGCCCCGGGAAACAUGGCUGCUCGUCCUAUUUCGGCGUCGCGGCAUGGCCACCAGCUCCCGGAGCCCAGUUGGGAGAGGUGCCGAAGGAGGCAGCCCCUCUCCUCCUCCUCCCUCGUUAAUCUUCCCCCCAGACGGAGUCACGGGAGCAGCGAUCUGCGAGGGUGAUUUCGCCUCAUUCUCUCCGACCCAAACGCGUGCGCCCGCCGGCCCCCGAUGGGUGCACACUCGCACGCACACUCUCGCACCCACACUCGCACACGCGGGAGCACACGCACAGGUAGUCACACACCAAGGGCAGCGGCGGCGGCAGCCGGAACAUGCUCGGAUGGCAUUGCAACCCCCCAGCCUUGCCAAUUCGCUUGCAGUCCGACCCUCAAACCCGCACCUCCCGGGCGCCCCCCCCAAAAAAAGUGCCUCCCCCCAGCGCGCACACACACACACAAAGUAGGAGAAUGGACCGACAGAGAUAUUUUUGGCAAAUGCUCACAUCAGAGGGCGUCCUGUUCCGCAGCUCUAAAUGAAUCCGUCUGCCCAUCUCCAUCUCUCGCGCUCUCUCUCUGCAGAGGCUCCCGCGCCGGCGGAAUUCAAUCAAUAAACCCCGAACCCACGGCCGCGCGUUUUAGGACUUUGAAGGCUCAACCAGCUCCGCUCGGUUCUCGAGCCCCCAGCACCCGCGGCGCACACUAACCUGAUCGCCGUGGAGGCGGGAUCUGCGGCCCCGCGGACGAGCGGCAGCGGCCCGAGCCAAUCGCCGCCGAGGGUCUCCGGGCAACAGCCAAUAGCAGCGGCGGCGGGGGGGGAAGGGACCAAUGGGCGGGCUGCGCAGCCGGCCAGGGAGGCUCGGCCAUUUGGUUGUGGUGCCGGAGACGGACCCCUUUAGAUUUCGGGGCGGCUGAGGAGCGCAGCGGCUGCUCUGUGGCUGAGUGAGGGGGGUGGGCGGAAUGGCGGGGGAAGGGAAGGUGACUGUGCCUCGAGGGCCGAGCCGCCCGGCCUCGCCAGCCCGCCGCCGCCUCAGCGUUCGGCCGGGGGCGGGGCCGCAGGUGCGUUCUACGAGGGGGAGGGGCGCGGCCGGAGGGGUCGGGUCGGGGUCCCCGCCCGGCUGAGGGCUUCGCGAGGCGGCGCGACGGGGUUGCGGAAGGAGGCGGGAGGCUUGAGGUCUGGGGGCCGCGGGCUGCCCAGCGGGAGGGCAGAUGAAAGGCCUGGAAGGAGGGGAGGGUUCAGGGUGCAAUGCGGGGAGGGGCUCGUCGUGUCCCGGGUCCGGCGGCUAGCGCUGGGGAACGUGGCUGCCCCCGUCACCCCCGCCGCGGCCGCCCAGCCCGCGCCCCUCUUCCCCUCCGGCCUCGUCCCGGUCAGGCCGCCGCCGUCGCCACCCGCGUAUACAUAAGUCAGUAAAAGCAAGAUGCUUCCACUUUUGGAUGACUUACCGCGCGGUCGCGACCCUUCCCACGAAGAGGCUUUUCAGUUUGCUGUCACAUAAGGUCAGCUUGGAAGAAGUGAUCACCAGGAGACACCCAAGAUCUUGUUUAGGCAAUAAAGGAAUGAAGACCAUGGAUUAAGAACUGUUGCUGGAUAUACAGAAUAUUAAAAGGUGGAAAAGGAAGGUGCUCAUAACUCCUGGUUUUCUGGACGAAACAUAAUUUAUGGGCUUUAUAGACCUAGUGAAAGAGAACGGCGCACGGUUUAUUCUAAUCGUCCACCUGAGUCAUUUGGUUCGGUUUGGGUUGCCAAGGAGGCUCUAACUGGAGCACUUUCUCCAGGUUUUUCGGCGUGCUUGCCUUGGGUAUUUUUGAAUCACAUUAAGUUUUAAGAGACCCUAAAGCCCUGAUGCCCACUGGGUUACCGACUUAUGGCACUAAGUUGGCUGCCUGUGGCUGUUAAUAAACCACGGGGAUUGUUGUCAACAAGGACAGAUACAUCCUUACCUUUCCACACAACUGUAUUUUAGUGUCUGUUUCUACAUGUCUGCACUCUUCCCCACACACCUCAAGAUAGUUUUUACGGAUACAUUGUGUUUAUUUUUCAGGAACACGGGUUCAAAGGAGAGAGAAACCAGUAUGUAUGUUGCAAAGUUAAAAUACUGUUACAUAAUAGCAAUACAGUUUCAUUCUUAGACAUAUAAAGUUGAGGAGGAAGUAAAAAGUGACAAUGUAAAUAAAACACAUACAGAAUGCUUACACUGGGGAAGAAGCUGUAGUAACUUUAAUGUUGCAACCUGAUGGAUUGCAAGUGUAAAGCCCUGCAACUAAGGAUUUGACUGAGGAAAUUCUUUCAGAUAAAAUGAUAAAUGGAAUUUGAAGUCUGAUGUUUACUCUGAGUAGGUGGGAAAUGCAACAUAAAAGUUAGAAGUCAUUGUUUUAUUUCAUCUGGGUAUAAAUAGUAUAAUUUAUUUAACUUGUUGACUUACCUGUCAUCCUCAGAUUUUGUUAAUCUUACUGAAGCCUAUUUGUAUAGUUGGAAUUUAUUCUAAGUUUUAUUGGCUUCUUUGUAAUACACGAGAAACCCCAAAUUACCGAUUUAUGCCAUUGAGACAGUUGUUGUUUCUGGAGAUGGUGUUUAGGGUUGUAUUCAAACAGAACCUUAUCAAAACAGGUCAAUAUAGUGUGUAUGAUCUGUGUAACACAGGAGUCCUGAAGUUUGUGUUCUCUUUGAUGGUAAAUGUUCAUCUUCUAUUUAAAAGUUGAACCACAGUUAAGACCACGCUGCUAGCAAUUCGAUAUGAGACAGUGUCUUUCCAGAGGAGUAAUCCCUUAAAAACCAACCAAUCAAAUGCAGAGAUAUGCCCCAUCCAACUCUGCUAAAUAGAAGCAAAUAGCUCACUUUAUUGUACAAAGACUCAAGAGGAAGACUUAGAAGCCCACCCCCUCUCCCAUUAAAGAGAAAGUACAGAAACAAAUUAAAGUUAGAGUUGAAAAAAUCAUGACCUGAUUACUAAAUCACAACAUUAAAUGUGACAGUUGUUUUUAGAAGCAUCUUACUUUUAUGCAUUUUGAUAACUUUUGUAUUAAUGUUAGAAAAUUGAAAGAAGGCUUCACUGGAUGUCAGUCAUUACAGAGACUGAAAUAUCUAAAAGUAUAUGUAUAACCAAUUGAAUACUUUCCGCUUUCCUUACAUACUUGAAAUAAGAAAUUUUCUUUUGCUUUUACAAAUACAUCUAUUUGUAAGAAAAUUUUCAUAUGAUUUUGCUUUUUUAUUAUUAAAAAAAGGAAUAUAGCUCAGCCAAAGCGGAGCUGUAUUUGCCCCACACAACAUGACCAAAUACAAAAAAAAAAAAAAAAAAAAAAAAAAAAACACUGCUCUUACAUACCUUAUUUUACAAAGUUGUUUUUUAAAUUACAUUUUAUUGUAUAUUAUAGGAGUAAAUAAGUGUUCUAAGUGGCAAUGCAGAAAAUAUAGAAAGAAAAGAAAUCCUAUAUCAAGGAAUCUUGGCUGAAUUUUGAAACGGAGUUGGGAACAGGUAAGAGUUCCUAUCUACUGUGUAAUUCUACAAUAGGAAUUGUGUUUGAAAGAUGUAGAAUCUCUAACCUCUGAAACUAGGUUUGAGUCACACUGAGAAAAAUAAAUGAGAUACAAUUCAAAGUUUGACCCCCUAGAGAGAGAGAUGGCCAAGGGAGGAAAGAUCUUCCCGCCUUCUAGAAUAUCCUCCAUCAAGAACCAUUCCAAAUAAAUAAGCAGCCUAUUUUGUUCUUAAAGACCUGUGAUCUAUGAGUAUCUUUAGGCUCUUUUGAAAUGUGUAGGAGAGUACUGUUUUACAAAUAACCAUAUCGUUACUAUUGCCAUUUUAUUAGGUUGGUGCAAAAGUAAUUACCAUUUUAAAAAAAGGCAAAACCACAAUUACUUUUGCACCAAUAGCACAUUUGCCCUUGUUUGGUCUCUGAAGAUGGAGACCUUUUGGUUAACAUCCUUUUUAUGAGUCAAGCUAAUAUACCCACAGCUCAGCUUUUUGUUUUUGAACUUGAAUCACAUCACUGGCAAUCGGCCAUAGUACUCUUACCUACAUCAUGGUUCUGCUGCUUGAACCCCAAAGACAAUGACAUGGAAAAACUCCAGCUUAAUUAUAUUCUCUUUUGUUUGUAUAUGUAAAUAGUUUUUAGGAAUGUAGAUUAUUAUUUUGAAAUCUGUGGUAACAAAUGUGAAAACUACUACAUUUUUAUUUGAAUAGCAAAAUAAUGUUGAAGCCUGGGAUCUAAAAAGUUUAUUCCUUAUUUUCUUUUGCUUAAUAAAGUAUUUGAUAAUUUAGAAAAA